UUCGUUUCCCCCAAUACUUCUGAACGACCAGAUACACAACGCGAUGCAACCAAACCACUAUGACCUGCUAAGUCAGGUGCAACCAGAUGAGCCUCGACGGGCGCCACGAGACGCUCAUCAUCGGAAUCCCCUCCAGUCACGUUCUCCAUCCGGUGUCGCUCCCACGAGAUCCGAAGACUCGUGGAUCGAGGUCGCCUCGCAGCCCUCCUCCUCGUCGCUUUCCUCUAUUGCUACCAAUGAUGACAUCAUCACAACCGGUCUGCGUGUCGAGCAACAUGGGUCGAGAGCAUACCAUCAUCGUAGUCGGCGACGGCGUCUGCAGCGCCUGGCUGCUGUCACAGCGGCGCAAGUUCAUUAUUCGUCCCGUGAACAAACCAGUAGUCAAGACGAGUAUGAGGAAAGCGAAAGUGAAUCGGACCGCGUUAUGACAAGUUCCAAUGAAGACAUACCUCAGAGAUCCCUUGGGGGUCCGCUAUUGGCUCAGUCUGGGCCUCCGUCGAUGUCGGAUAGUCCAUCAAGUGACGAGGACGAUGCGUCAACAGCGCUGGGGAUGCGAAUAAGCUCAUCCCCGUUUGUCCCGCAGCCAAAUGUCUUCUCCCACCCGCCAGCAUCUGAAAACCCAGCCUGGACCAGGCCAGUUGAGAGGUGUCGUCCGCAACCUAGCGAAGUGUCAAAUUCCAGCCGUCAAACGGCCAUCCGGCGGAACUCUCAAGCUGGCGUAAGACCAGCUCGCAGGCAAUCACAGCAGCAUAGCCCAUACAAUAUGAUUUCACCGUCUUACCAGGCAGACCAUGAUGCCGCCCUCCGCUCCAGUCUCUCCACCCUUCUUUCCUGUGCGGCCGUGCACGAGGUCUACCGAAAUCUGACCCGCAACCUACCGCACCCUCCGGGCCUUCUCGAGCACAGCCAGCUUCAUUCCGACUGGUCUCAGACUACUUAUUCACCACGCUCUUCUCCCUCCGCUCCGAAGGUGAGACGGCGGUCUAGUUCGCCUAGAGAACGCCACGCCUCGGCACCUAGGAAGAGUCGUCGAGCAACCACCCCAGACUCGGCAGCUAGUCCUACGAUUAUGACAUGGGUUAUCAGCGCUGGUGUCGUGGUUCUUUUCUCGGCAAUCAGCUUCUCAGCAGGUUAUGUGAUUGGUCGUGAGGUCGGGAGGAUGGAGGCAAGCACAGGGGUCGGGUCCGUCAUGGGUGAUGGUAAUUUUUCUGGUGGCAGACGUCCGCGGCUUGUGGUCAGGAGGCCAUCAAGGGAGGCCUGA